CAACUUAUUGAAAAAAUAUUUAAAAAAAAAAAAAAUUACCAUGUCGACAUCCCAAAAACACAGAAAUUUCGUGUGUGAACCAAUGGGCAACAAAUUGGUGACAGAAUUACCAGGAAUUGGUUCAGUUUUAGCCCAAAGAUUGGCAAAUGCUGGAUAUCUUAAGGCUAGUUCAGUGCUAGGACAAUUUUUGGCAAUGGAUAAGGAUCAGGAAAAAUUUAAACUUUGGUUAAAAAGUGUUUGCCAGGCUAAUUCCAAACAGGCUAAUGAUUGUUAUAUUUCUAUGAGGGAUUGGACUAAUAAUUUUUUAUAA